UGCUUAUGAUGAACUGCUAAGUAAAAAGUAACAAUAGCACCACACAAUGGACAGAAAAAGCAAAGCAUUUUCAAAGAUACAGGAAGAACUGUUAGAAGUGACUGACAUCUGCAGGUAUUUUGUUUUAAGACAAAUAUAUAUCGUAGACCAGGAUCCCCCAGUGGAUCUUAAAGGAAGUGCUGGUAGAACAUGAGCACUUAAAUACACUAAAAUAAAAAUAAUAAAUUAGGAAUAAAACUCUUUAUUGUGUAGUAUUGACAGUGUUCUGUAAAACAUAGAAUUGUGUUGUACCAUACAGGUACACGCAUUUGCCUGUGAUGUAUAUAUAACGUAUGUUCAGUAUAUAUGAGUAGAUAUAUAUUUAACAUUUCUUAUAUAGCUAUUUCCUCUUUUUGUGUUUUCUUUCGUAGUUAUUUAUAAUUUGGAACUAAUUUGUGUGAUUUUACCAAAACACAAAUACAGUUGAUGUGAACGAGAACUCUUUUCUGGGGAGAACGGCGGAGGGAUUUUGACCACGGGCGCCAAAUAGGCUAGCACCGCCACUGCUAACACAAACGACAACUGGCCGCAAAGGCUCCAGAGUUGAUUGUAAACCCCCUGGAUACACGGGGUUCCGUAAUACCGUGUUGUUUGUUUGUAAGUGAAAUGCCGUUCUGGUGUUUUUGACGAAAAUUCCCGUUGCAAAUAAUGUUAUCAACUCAUUCACAAAAGAGACACGGAGUGAAACUCGGUGGUGUUAAUCCGAGGGCCUGAUAACGAGCUGCUGAUGAUGAUCCCGGUGUGAAGUGUCCCACAUUCAGAUGAGUGAACGGUCUCUGACAGCCGUCCAGACGGCAGCUAUUGUUUCAUGUGCAAAUGCAACAGGCCGUCAACAAACGCAUUGUGGUUUUAAAGAAUUAAUCGGGGCAAUCACGACACAACAGCCCCCGUCCGUCCGUCCGUCCCUGCUGUAUCUGAUUGAUAAGAUCAUGAGAGAGCGGUGAUGAGUCAACAGCGGCGCUGUGGCUGCUGGGGUCAGUCAGCGCCGUCGUCAUCUCCGCUGAUGCAGACGCACUGUCUGUGUGUGUGAGAGAGAGUGUUAUCAUAGACACAUGGUCACUUCAAACAGGACCAGUGUUGUGAUAAGAACUUUGUCUUUGUGUGUGAGUGUGUGUUAUAAAUUCACAAGAAUAUUAUAAGAAUAAUGUCGUGGGGAUAUUUAAAUACUGUUAUAACAUUAUGGGUGAAAGUUUCCCAGAAUGGCGUCGUUAGUUUAAGAGAAUACAUUUUCUUAAUAAAUUCAGAGGUUUAGCAAAAUAAAAGCCCAACUUUUUUAGUAUAAAAAAGUAUAUGAGAACUACACCAGAGUAAAGCCACAAUAUUUAUGAUUACAGGAAUAAAGUUAGUGAGAAUGAAGUCGUUUAUGAAAAUGAGGUCGUUUAUUUAUGACUAAAUCAUGGCUUCAUAAGGAGAGAAUGCCUUUAUUCUGGAAAAGUAAUUGCAGUUUUAUUUUAUUUUAUGGUCUGUAUUGUCAUAAGCGUACAUUUUACGGAUAAAAAUUUUUUUUGAAACAAAUGCACAAAUCUGGAGAAAGUCGUGAGUUGAUGAGCAUAGGUCUCUACAGCUUAUAUUGGAAAAGAGUAAAAAAAUAGUUAGAAAAAAGGUUUUAGCGUUAUGAGAAAAACAUACUUUCGUGAGUUUGUGAAAAUAAAAUAAAUUACUCGGGAAAGUUCUAAUUUUAUAACUAGAUAUGAUUGGAUUGAAUGAAAGUCAGAAAAUUGUGGGAAUAAAGUCAUUUAUUUUUUAAAAAUGUAUUUAGUUUAUUGUGAUAAAAUCACAAGUUAAUAUAAAUAAAAUCCUUAAACGUUAUAGGAAAAACAGUGUAAUAUUCCAAGAGAGGAUGUUGUCAGUUUACAACAAAAAGUCAUACGUUGUUGAGAAUAAAUAUGUGAUAUUAUGAGGAAAUAAAGUUAUAAAUUUAGUGGAUGUGUUUGGGAGGAGAACCAAGUCCUAUGUACACACUGUUUAUCUUCAAACUAACAACACCGUGGAGCUUCAUACUUGAACAUAGUUUCUCAGCAUCACUUCACUGUACUUGUUUCUGUGAUGUUGAAUUUUAAAAAACAUUCUUUAACAACUACUAGCCUGUGCUAAUUGAUGCAGGGAUCAACAUGGAUCAGUGACAGGAUCAUUGGUUCCAUGUGAAAUGUCACAACAGAGGGUUUAAACCCAUCAGUGCGGCAGCUCUGAUGAUGAGCGCUCUCUAAUCUGGGGGGAUUAUCCCAGAUAACCAUGUGCUUUCACAUUAAACCACUCAUCCUCUGUUAGGCUGAGUGUAAACCUGUUACUGUGUCAUUGAUGGAGUUUGAUUUGGAAUGAGGUUCAGAUGAGAAAUGUUGCAGUGACAGUGAAUCUAAAGACUUUGAUCAACGGUUGUUGGAACGGAGAAGAGUUGGACGUCUACGUCUAAAAAUCUUUCUCUUUUUUUUCUUUUCGGUAAAGGUAAGUCGUAGCCAAUUUAAAUAUGAAUUUUAUUAAUAAUUGAUUUUUUUAUUUAUUGACAGAACAUUAAUAUUCUGUCAAUAACUUUGAGCAGUUUUUUUUAAAUUUUGCACUUUACAUGAUAAGUCAACUAUUUUACCUUAUUUAAUACAUGAAAAAUACAUGUACAUGAAACACCAAGGUAAAAUGUGCCAAGAAAAGUGCAAAAUGAAAAAUUUUAACCAAUAAAGUUGUAUAUUUGAUUAUCAUAAUUAAAGAAUACUUAAUUAAUGAAGAAAAAACUGUAACACAUGAUUAAAAUUUAUUAAGAAUUUUAGGCCAUAUCUACAAUAUCUUAAAUAAAUCCACCUACCUUUGAUUUUUUUGUUAUUAAUAUACUGGCAAAAUUAUUCUAAAGGAAAUUUGUUUGUCAAAUCAAGUAAAUUUUCCACUUUGUCCAAAAUUUAAAAUAAAUAACAUUAAAUUUUCAGAUGAAUUAGAAUGGAUUGCAGUCCCACAUGAUGUGUUGUCUGAUUUUUAAAUAAAACUAUUUCUUAGGCCUGGUGCAGUAAAUUACACUAUAAAUUUAAUUAAAAAUAUAAUUAAAAUGGUUGCAUUUUGGUUUCUUGAAUGAUGUGACUAAAAGUGACUACGACGUAAGGCCAGUUUCCUUUGAUUUGUGUUAGGCCUCAGUACUCAGGUGAGCGUCUGACUGGUGGAGGCCAUGCAGACAGACUGGGGCUGAGGUGUGUCCAUUAUCUGUCUUUGGGGCAAUGAGGAGGGCGGGGGGGUUCUUCCUAGACUUACUGGAGCCAUACUGUAACAGCCUCAUUGAGACUCAAUGAGAUGCCUUAAUUACUCCAGUUGUGAAAACUAAAGGAGGGGAGGGUUGUUAAAAUGCAUGCUUUGAUCUUUGGGCCUGAGACAGUGUGGGAUGGGCUGCGGAGACCCCUAUAAAAGCACACCAGCUUCCUUUGGAGGAUUCAUUGAACAGCCAACUCUUGGACCAACACUCAGCCCAACACUCACAGAGUGAACACGAUCGGAUUUACCCCCGGAAUUCCUUCAUAGAGUCCAGCACCACAGCGCAGCCAUGAGGGGACACUUCUCCAUCGAGUGGAUGGCCCAGAGCAGCCAGCCUGCAGGGUCAGAGGUCACCACAGCUUCAGAACUCACGGCCUGUGGGACCACCUCAGAGAGUCUUCCAGGUUUUUACUGCAGACCCAAGUCUCACAGAGUACUUGAGCAGAAGGAGGACGGCUCUGGACGUCGUGUGGACACGUACAAGCCCAGCUCACUGCAGCACCAGGCCUCUCUGAACACACAGGUGACAGAGGGCAGCUUCAGUAGUGGGACAGAGGAGGAGACCUCCGGCUACGAGAGUGAGGGUGAUCGAUCUCUCUCCCCGUUGGUACACCACGACAGCGUAUCUUCGUCUCCAGCGUCCCCUCCUUCAGGCAGGCGUCCACGCACGGCCUUCACAGCAGAGCAGAUCGGCAGUCUAGAGAGGGCCUUCAAGAGGAACGCUUACCUCGGCACGCAAGACAAAGCCGAUCUCUGCAAGAAGCUCAAUCUCUCUGACAAACAGAUCAGAAACUGGUUCCAGAACAGGAGGAUGAAACUGAAGAGGACGAUGCAGGACGCCCUGGCUCAUGCCUGCCAGGCCAACAUGGCCUCUCCGUUUAUGCAUUAUCCUGAGCUGCAGGCCUACAGGCCAGGACCUUAUCACAGGUACCACACAGCUGCAGCCACAACAGGAGCAGAGGAGUCAAGUGCUGCAGCAUACGUCCAUCAACACAGCCUUCAAUAUGGCCCUCGUCUGCCCAGCGUCCCCACACUGCCCCUGGACACAUACCAGUACAGUAGCCUCAUACUGCCCUCUGCCCCCACUCAGCUCAUGGGUUCCUAUCCCACCUAUCAGCAGUAUUACUAACACAGUUAAGAUGGCUGCUGUCUUUGCUGAGGUCAUGUGUAUAAUAAAAUGACAUAGUGUAAAAAAUAUUCAACUUAUUGUAACAAGAAUUUUCUAUGAAAUUUGGCACAAUUUCUGCUUGAAUCAUCAGAUCGUCUUAUACAAGGUUGUGUGCAAUAUUUAGAUUAUGUGCUUGUUUUCUACUUGUAUUAAAUAUAUUUAAUUUUAAAUCUAAGGACAAAUAAAUCUGUCUCUCUUAAUAGAAUUUAAAAAAAGGAAAAUAAAAUAUUGCAUAUGUUGAAGAAAAUCAGAAAAUGCGUUUUAGAAUUAAGAAAAGUGAAAUUAAGCAGGAAAAUAAUUAACAAUAACAACAACAACUGAUUUUACAGUUUGUUGGGAUAAAUACCGUGGAACAUCAAAAUACGAGCAAGCCACCGGGCACAUUUUUGCUUCAUGAUACGAGCACACUUAAAGACACCGACACUAGGUGGCCGAGCACUCGCGUUAUCAACGUGAUUUUCUCUCUAUUCUGUGCAUUAUUCUUCAUAAUAGUGAUGAACUCUGGUAAGGAUGGUAGUUGGAAGAAAAAAAAAGACGAUGACUAUGGAAGUAAAGUACAAAAAUUGUCGAUAAAUAUGAGCGUGGUGGCCGCUAAAGAAAGAAUACAAAUCUAAAAAAAAGCAAAUACUAAAUACAGUAAUAAAGUAAAGUUUAAAAGAUUACGUAAGUUAGGUUAAUACUAAGUUUAUGUAACUUACGUAGUGUACGUGUAAGGUAUGCUACGGAAUCAAGUGUCUACGUGUGGACCAACUCUCUUCCCUCCCUUCAUCUCCUCCUCCACACAUGCCACCAUUAGCCGCUACUGUAUCAUCCGUCUCUCGUAAUUGAAGCCACAUUUUAUUAAUAUCACAGGAAUCCUUAAAUACUAUAACUUUUUGUGUUUAUGUUUCUAUAGCAAUUAAAACAUGUUUUUUUCCAUUGUUAUUAGCACUAAUUAGGGAGUUUUUAGAGAUCCAAAACGAAUUAAAUCUUUUUUCUUUUGUUAUUUCUUAUGGGAAAACAUGAUUCGAGUUACGAGUUAGAUCCUGAAACGGAUCAUGCUUGUAUCUCGAGGUUCCACUGUAUCUUGUUUUUUUUGCAGCAUCGUAGGCUAUCCAUGGAAUUUGUCUUUUCAGUCUGUACCACUACUACGGUCGUUGACAAGAUGCUGAACGACGCUGUGUGUCUCCAUUUCUGUGGCUAUAUCAACCACUAUGCUAGUUUUAGCAGCAAGAUACCGCUCAGCCUUUUUAUUUUGGCAGUUUGUCUGUCAUCACAAUGCAAUGCGUUGAUAGGUAGUGGGGAGUGGUGUUUAGCAAAUCAACGAGAAGUGUAGUCUGGCAGACGUGGGAGCUCAGCAAUCUCAGUAGGUGCCCGGACCCCGAAACACCCAAGGAAUCGGCAAACAAGUUCAAAGUAAUCACUGAUUGAAGUUGAAUAAUAGUUUUUCUUGAUCUCUUGUCAUAUAUGUCAGAUAUAACCUUUUACAGGACCUUUGUCCACCCUUAAAUCGUAAGGUCUAAAGCCUUACUGCCACCAGACAGCACAUGAGGCAGUGAAACUGUCUUUAAUGUUCAACUCUCUUAAAACACAGUUUCUCUACUUUAUUAAGCCAAGUAAAAUGACAAAUCAGGAAGUGGACGGCACAGGAAAUGCUGGUGUUGUUUAGCAACCUCUUGGGUUACAUAGAACCUUGGUAAACAUCAGAUUAACAGAUUAAAGUUUGCUUCGGUCGUAACUUUUACGUUCAAGCAGAGAUUUUAUCAGUCGAAGCGAUGGUGGGUUUU